UGGGUCGCUGGGAGGGUCGUUGUUGGGGCAGAAUGGAAUGAUGGGGUCCAACUGAGCUUCCACCUGGGUUAGGCCCAGUACAGGCUGGCACGGAAGGGGCCAUCAUGUCCUAUACUUGUUCCUGAGAAGACAAACGAGAAGCCAGACCUGACCAUCAUGAUCUCCAUGAUUACAGAACAAUUGCAAAAACAAAGUCUGGAGGAUCUAAAAUGCAAAUCAUUCAGUAUAAGCCUGCCAUUGCCCGAUCAUCCAGAUGCCGAGGGAUGCAGCAGCCCUUACCAUUUUGUGACAGAAGACCGCUCUUGGGGACUCCUUAGUCAUUGUCCAAGGAUUGAACUUGAAGAUGGGAUCCGACUUGGUUGCCAUCACCACUCCAGCCUGAGCCUUCACUUUCCUGUUUUCAGCAGGGAGAACUCACCCCACCGUAGGAGCCCUUCCAACGCACCUGAGGCAGGGAAUUCUGCUGCUCCUCCAGCACCCCCUACCAAGAGGCACUGCCGCUCCCUUUCAGUACCAGAGGACUUAUCACGCUGGCGGCCUGUUUGGCGGCCUAGUGGCUCAAAAGUGUGGACUCCGGUUAAGAGGAGGUGUAACAGUGGUGGGGUUGGGGCAGUGCUGGGAGUGCAGACUCAAAGUCCAUCCCAGGGGGUCUCCAGUCUCAGGUUUCAAAAUGACCCCGGUGCCUCUAUACGCUGCAUCCAAGCCAACAGCCCUCCCUUCUUCAGUCUGGCCUUGUGCCGGGAGUCACCAGGCCCAUAUACCCUUUCCCCAACCAGUGUAUUUUGGGACAACACAGAAGGGCAAAGCUGCUUUCCAUUGCAGCGCCGUUUUUCACUGUCGCCUGUGCUCAUAAAGGAUGCUGGACGGUUCCUCCCUUCAUCCAGCGGCUCCCCACCUUCCACACCAGAACUGCUCCGGCGGCAACAAUGUCUGACUCGCAGCCAAUCACAGCCCUGUGAUUUGGAUACCCGGAAGUGUGGAAUCAAGCGGAGGCAUCAAGAGGAGGACACAAGGUGGCAUCGUCCGUCUUUGGACUUCUACAAAAUGAACCAGAAUGCUGGUGCUAUGUGUUUCUUGGACAACUCUGACGAAGGCAGCUCCUCUCCUUUUAUGGCUUGUCAUAGAGAGUCUCCUUGCACCACUGGAAGUCCUGUCACCAUCUGCACACUGGCACUUAGGGAAGAAGACAUAGGCAGGAGAGAUCAUGCUUCCUGCCCCCAGGCUAUGCUCUUCCAGCGAGACUUCGCAGACCUGGAUUUAAAUCUAAUUGAAGAGAAUUAGCACUCAGGAAACAUCACUCUUCAAAAUGGACUAUGUUAGUAAGGGGACAUCUGAUAGUGUCUGGGUGCCUGCUGCAGGCCACCACCCUGAGACCUGCACCAAGAGCAUUCCACUAACCUUCUGACCUUCAUGACAGAUAGAAAUUGUGUGGGGAGGAGGGGAAAGGGAACAAGCCAAAUGUUACAUUAUUUUUUUCUUAAGGGGAAACGGAGGCCGGGUUAUCUGGACCCUGACUACACUUCUCCUUUCUGAGCAUUGCAGCUGGAGUUGGGAUCUCCCCUUACUGAAUUGUAAAACUUUACACAAAGGGUGCUGUGGGAUCGCUUUAUUUUUGUAUUGAUGGCGUUUGGAAGGAUGUUCUGAGCUGCCCUGGGGAGGGUGGGUGGUUGGGUGGAAAACACAUGCAAAUAUUUGCAGAUGAUAAAUUCUUACUACAGGUAAUGUGAUUAUUGAUGUAAACCAACUAGGUGGCUAAUCUAGUUGUGCACAAAGGCUGAAGCCUUCUUUUAAAGCGAAUGCCCCGUGACACAAGUUCAGAGUUACACACGGAAAGGAACCUGUACCCAUGUGUCCUGUAGCAACCAUGAUUUCCGUCUUCUGAUUCACUCUGCGAAAGGCUGAUUUAGUAGUAGGUGCGUUUUAGGUUCACCUUCUUUAUUUUUCUCUCCUAAAAUGAAUAUCUGCCUGUGGCAAAUAUUCUGGAGGCAGCUGUUCCAUUGUUCCAAAUAACUGGCCAGUUAAAAAGGUUUGUCCUUAAAGUUUGUUUGCACUGCCACUGGAAUCUUGCAUAAAGUGACCUCCUCAAUGCUAUUUAUUCUUUAGUCCUUCAUAUACCAAAAUCUUUUUUGUUUUUUUCUUUUCAGUCCCAUGCUUCCUCUAAAAGGAGUCCGCGGUUUUACGUUUAGUAAAUAGAGGCUGUGGUGCUACAAAAGGCGUUGCAGAAUCAUAAAAGAUGGAAUAUUUUAUUUAACAUGAGCCUCUGAAUGUUCUACUUGUAUAGAAGUUUUGGAAGUGUUUAGUGUACAGUAAGCGGUUCACAACAUCUUCUUUCAUGAUAUGAUGCUGAUGAGCCCUGUUGAAUCUCUAGUUAGAUGAAAUGUCCGACAUGUAUCCAUUACACCUUUUUUACGUUUUCUCUUUUUUUGUAUUAUUCUUAAACUAGACCACUUGCAUAUUUUGUUUUUAUUAUGAAUGAGAAGUUGUCUGUUGAUCCUGGAAAAAGCGGGUGUCUUAGCCCAACGAACAAGACCAGAUAAAUCCGUAGAUAAUUUUUUUUUUUUUUUUUAUUAUAAAUUGAAUCCAAAUUUGUAUUAAUCCUAGAUAAUGUUGUUAUGCCAUUUAUUUGGAAAUGGCAGUCCUAUGGUAAAUAACGAAAUUCCCUAGUUAUUCGUAAAUCCCUUUUGAGUGCCUGAGAUCAGGCAAUGCAUUUCACACACCUCUGCAACUUGAAGGAUUGUUUUCCCUCCAAAAUGGGGAUAGUUGUUCAUGAGAAACCUGCCAGUACUAAUUGUUGGCAUUUAAUCGGCUUUGUGUUCACUGGGAAUGCAAAUCGCAUUGCUCGCUCCUAGUACUCAGGUUUUGAAAUUAAAAACGAGGAGACCACUUCUAUGACUGGCCAUUGAUCCUUGUUCCGUGUGUUUCACCAGACAACGGUGUCCCCCACCGUGUAAAAAUUCAACAUGCUUCUGGGUUUUAGACUAAUGGUGUCUGGAUGGAAACCGUUUUUGAGGGAAUCAUUGUUGCUGUAACCGCUUGUGUUCAUAUGCUGGUUGGUGAUUAUACCAUGGCCUCCAUAUUGCCCCUCCUCAACUAAAGUUAUAACUGUCGCUGGAUCCAUUGAACACGUCGGCCAUUGUUGUAUUCAGUCACACGAUAAACAUGAAUAACAAACUACAUGCUACUGUGUUGUGUAAUGCAUAUUAAAUCAGAAGAUUGCCAAGCCAUUUUGGCAAAAUUAUGAAUGACUAAAUCUGCCAUAAACUUUUUGAGGCUAAAGUUUAAAUGAGUGAAAAAUUCAUAUUCUCUUGAGUACUAGAGGAAGCAGCACGGAUGUCUGAUACACGUAUGAACUU